AUGGAGCGCAGUGUGAUCCGGCUGACUCACUGUCAGAAGCAGAUCUUCUGUUUCUCGGUACCGGAGGAAUGUCCCAGCUGUGGAGAACAGCUGACAGGAAGUAGACUGCAGGAAGCUCCGGUCAGUCUGAUGUCACCUCUAAUGAACGCUCAUAAGACUUCCUGUUGUCUACUGAUCACUACUUAUGACCAGUAUGACCAGUAUGACCAGUAUGACCAGUAUGACCGGUGUGACCAGUGUAACCUGUAUAACCAGUAUGACCAGUAUGACCAGUAUGACCGGUGUAACCAGUGUAACCAGUGUAGCCAGUACAACCAGUGUAACCAGGACUUUGAACUGGACGUCAGAUCUUCACACUGGAAUCUCGAACACAGCAGGAGAGUUGUGUAUAACUACACCAGUGUAGGUGUGUGUAGGGACAGCAGUGGAUGGGAGAGCAGCAUCAGUGUUCCUCUGGUUGGUCCUGAUAUGUUUCAGCUGUUGGAUCAAUGGGAUCAAUACCUGCACCGCUUCUCUGAGGGCUCCAUGUGGGACCCUGCCUGGCACAGGUUCGAUGAGGACAACCAUAACUGUUUCAGCUUCUGUCUUCAGUUCGUGAACAGUGUCCUCGCUGCAGAGGGACGCAGCGCUAUGAGCAGAGAGACGUUCACUCACAGCUUCAUCCUGCCGAGGAUGAGGAGGGUCCACAAAUACACCACCCUGUACCAACAUGUCCACACACACCAGUACUACAUGGUGGACAGACAGGAGGAGGACAGA